AUGGGAUCGAUUCGUGAAGCCGCAGUUAUCCUUUCCCUUUAUCUGUUACUCUCCAGCCAUCCAGUAACUGGUUUCUCGCCGCAAGGAUACCCCGUGUUCCGGUCGCCAAGGAGAAGCUUCAGACCAUCCAACCAACGGCCAAUAUUGCUCUGGUCUGGAUUGGAUAGUAAGAAUGAGGGAGAGGAAUCCAGCAAUCCUUCUGUCUCUGGUUGGCAACCAGAUAGGAUCCUUUCGUCCGUUUUGAAAAGCCUCUGGAAGGGCGUCACAAUACCCUUUCCUCAACUGCGAAACACCUUGAAACCUCACUCCAGCGGAUCGAAGAUCAAGUUUGGAGUCAGUCUUCGAAUCCGAGACUGUUUGGUGUUCCUACUUUCCUACCUCACUGUCGGUGUCCUGGCUUUUUCGUUUGUCUUUGAACGGUGGUCCAUUGUAGAUGCACUCUACUUUACAUCCGUGUGCUUUUCUACAGUCGGCUAUGGUGAUUUGUGCCCCGAGACUGCGGCUGGAAGAAUUUUCACAGGAUUCUUUGGAAUGGCAGGGAUUGCAUUCCUGGGAGCAGCUGUUGCUACAAUCUGCUCCACUAUUGUCCAUUUAGACGUGGAAUCCACCAAAAAGUACAUGGAGACGGAGGGCAAGCGACGCAUCUUGAACUUGUUCCAAAACAAUAGCGAGAAUGUUAAGGAGAAAACCACAACUGGAGAAAAUCAACGCGACAAUAAGCUCCAUCCGAUGAUAGUCAAGGUUUCGUCGUGGCUGGGUGCGGUGCGUGGCUCUCUGCCCUCUCUUUCCAUCAUAUUUUUGGGUGGCGCCAUCAUGAGAUUCUUGGAUGGAGGAUGGCAUAGUAUCGUGGAAACCAUGUACUAUUCCAUCAUCACAGCGAGCACCAUUGGACUGGGAGACUUUUGUCCUCGAACGCCACGUGCUCGUCUGUUUGCCAUUUUUUACAUUCCUCUCUCCGUCGGAGCAGCGGGAGAGCUCCUGUCGAGUAUUGCUACAGCAUUAGUGAAAAGAAGGCAGAAAAAGGCAUACGAAACGGAUCUCCAAUCCAAUCUCACCCUUGCACAUCUUCGGGCCAUGGAUGCCGAUGAUUCUGGAUGUGUAGAUAGAGAAGAGUACGUCUACUUCAUGCUCAAGGAGAUGGGGCUGAUCUCUCAGAACGAUCUAGAUGAGUUGUUUCAACAGUUUGAAGCAUUGGAUGUGUCGAACAGCGGGAGACUGGACAAGGAAGACUUGAAACUCAUGGCCAAGCUAAAGGGUGCGGAGGUGCUAGAUUGA